GCCAGCGGCAAUAAAUCAGGCCAGGACCUAGGAAUAAUAUUUUUUUGUUUAUUUUGCAAUAAUUAUUAUUAUUUAAAACAAAUCAUGGCCCUUAACGAAGUCGAAGUGAAACUGGCCCAGUACAGGGCCAAAAAACAACGAGAGGCUUUUUUAAACAAGGCCCUCUUUUGGGGGGGCCCCAAAACACAACAACAAGAAACGGAGCCUUUUUUAGUAGUUGACGAACCAGAAUUAAAACCAAAAAAAGAAGACAUUCCACAAUUUGUAGAGGAGACCAAUAUGGCCCUAACAUCUCUCGACUACAUUCAAUAUUGCCUCUAUUUUAUACUGUGGGCUACAAUUUAUGGAAUUUUCAUAAAACUCCAAUUCGGUACAGUGUAUUUGAUUAUAUCAAUGCUUUUUGGUAUUUAUUUCAACACUGGGACGCGUACAAAGAGGCCUAAUGAGCCCAGCGCCUACUCAGUUUUCAAUGAGAAUUGCCAAAGCAUCCCAGGGACUUUAGAUGCCGAAAAAAUGACCCAACAAAUGUUAUACGGAUUUAAUACUUAAAAACUAAUAAUAAACAUAAAAAUUAUUUUGUUUCAUUGUCCUGGAGUAGUUUUUGCAAGUCCAGGCCAUCGAAUUUCCUAGGGUCAACGUUGUUGGAGGCGUGCGCCAAAAACAGCUCCUUAAGGAAACUCAACUCUUUUGUCAAAGUUUUCACUUUUUCUUCUAAAACCGAGUUUUCGUUACGCAAUUCCGUCACUCGGUUAACGGUCUCUUGGGUUUUCUGUUUCGAUUUCACUCUGCUACGUUUUACGGCCUGGAAAUUCGAUAAUAGGAAUUUAUGUUUUUUUAAAAGGUAAGUUGAUGUUUUUUUUUUUUUUUUACCAAAUUGUUUCUGUCCCGUCUCUUACGGUAAUCGUCCGAAUCUUCCCCGGAUUCGGGGCCCUCCUUUUUGACGCGCCCCCUACGAGGCAUUUGGGGCUACUUUGAUAUUCGUGGGGGGUAAGUACAAAAUAAUUUGUUUUUAUUUUGGUAAGCAAAGUUGUCUCGUUUUUUGAGGUUA